GCGCGCGCGGCUGCUGCUGCAGGGGGGGCCGCCUGCACAGGUGGCAUCUGCCGUACGGUUGCUGUACGUGGGGGAGGCGCCGUACGACGGAACCAUGCCGGGUUCUCUCAUGGAGCACCUGCCCAGGUACCUCAUAGACGGCGUGGAGCGCGAGAUGGAGCUCACCCUGCAGCUGGACAGUCAGGGCGACCCAGCAGCAUGCAACAUGUACCGCCUGGCGAGCUACAACAACAACAACAACAACUUCCAGCACCAGCAGCAGCACCAGCAUGUACAACAGCAACAACCACAUGCAGCCGUACAGCAGCAGUCUCAUCAGCAACAGCAGCCACCGCCGGUGACACGUGCGGCUGCGGCGCAGGCAGCACAGACCUACGUGUCCGUGCGAGUGGCUCCGGUGCUGUCCGCUGUCAGCACGGCUGCGCGGGUGGUGGCAGCCCUGCAUACACACCACACCAAGGUGGUUCUGCCCGGCGUGUCUUCAGUGCCCUCCGAGGUGUC